CAGGCAACACAGCUAAAGUUACUGGAAAAGAAAUGUUGUAAGAGACUUUUAAUCAUUCUACAUUGAUAUAUUUAGUAAACACGUUGGCAUCCAAGGGUGAACUCACCAAGCAAAGAAGAGGCUAAAGUUUUCCAUUUUCCUACUUCAAGAGGGAUUACAACUUGUACACCUUCUUUGCACUUUCCCUUCAAACUUUUUUGGAUAUAGCUUGUUUUUAGAAUAGCUGAACAGAAAAAGCAUGGCAAAGGGACAUAAGAACCACAGGUGGGCAUUGACCUAUGGGUGCUCCUUCAGGUUGGCCCUGGCACGAUCGCUAUUCUUCUCCAUCACCCUCCUCUUCCUCAGCGCUUCGGCCGCAGAUGAGUACGACUACUACAGCUGGCAGUCAGACAACUUCCACAACGGCCGCUUUUACACCAAACAGCCCCAGUGCGUGGACAUACCUGCGGACUUGAGGCUCUGUCACAACGUGGGCUAUAAGAAGAUGAGACUGCCUAACCUGCUGGACCAUGAGACCAUGCCAGAGGUGAAGCAGCAGGCUGGGAGUUGGGUACCACUUUUGGCAAAGCGUUGCCAUGCCGAUACACAGGUUUUUCUCUGCUCCCUGUUUGCUCCAGUGUGCUUGGACAGGCCCAUCUAUCCAUGCAGGUCCCUAUGUGAGGGGGUGAGGAACAGCUGUGCGCCCGUCAUGGAGACUUAUGGCUUCCCCUGGCCUGAGAUGUUGACCUGUGACAAGUUCCCCAUAGAUAAUGACCUCUGUAUCCCCAUGCAGUUUUCAGUGGACCACGCCACGCAGCCACCAGUGUCCAAGGUUUGCCCGCCAUGCGAUAAUGAGAUGAAAGCAGACAACAUCAUGGAGCAUUACUGCGCCAGUGACUUUGCUCUCAAGAUGAAAAUCAAGGAGGUGAAAAAAGAGAAAGGAGAUAAGAAGCUGAUAGCGGCUCAGAAGAAGAAGAAAGUCUUGAAGCAGGGAGCUCUGAGAAAGAAGGACCUGAAGAAACUGACCCUGUACAUCAAAAAUGGCGCCAACUGCCCCUGCUCACAGCUCGACAGCCUCGGGUCAAACUUCCUCAUCAUGGGUCGCAAGGUGGACCAGCAACUCCUGGUCAUGUCCAUCCACAAGUGGGACAAGAAAAGCAAGGAACUCAAGUUUGCCAUCAAGUACAUGAAGUCUCACCAGUGUCCCACCUACCACACUGUGUUCCAAUGAGGAUUCUCCAUCUCAACAAAUCCACAUAGCUUUUACUUACAAUAGCAUACCAGCCUGCUGCAUAGUCAUACAUCUUAUACAUCCAAGUUCCCAAUGUGGUAAUAACUCAAUUAGAAGUAUAUUAAUAGAAAGAAAAUAUCAUGAUUCAUAUGAUUACUAAUAAGGGGAUUUCCAUACACACACGCUACAUUACGCUGAAUGACUUGGCAUGACUUUCCCUAAAAUAAAUACCCCAGUUCACUCCAAGUUUCAUAAUGUACAAAGUGUAAUGAAUAUAGUAGAAAAUUUGGAUAAACACUAGCUUGGUAGAUCGGGGCUUUUUUCAAUGUUUCAAUUUUAAUUUUUUAUUCAACGGAAAGGAGAUUGACCAGCAAAGUAUGGACUAGAUGGUAUUUCCACUGACUUUGUUUGGCACUAUCAUGGACCAGUGAUGAGACUUGAAUCUUUUUGCUUCAAGGGGGUUAAAGAGGCAGAGACUCUAUAAAUGGUGUUUGUUUAGUUGUUUUUCAUGUAUUUGGUACGAAAUGUAAAUCUUAUAAUGAUACAUAGCAGCUGAAUUUACACUAGCAGUAAGCGAGCAAAUUUAACUACAGUACUUUACAAUCAGUUAA